GGAUGUGCGGCCGACGACAAAACAGAGCGUUAUUUUCAAACCAAAUCUCCUGCGAUACGCGGCCCGCGCGAGGACGGAGAGCAGCGUUUUCGCUGCCUUUUACCCGGCAGCGCGCAUGCGCGGGGCCAUCUUGAAGCGUGCGCGUCGGAGAGUCGCGGUGCCGCGGCUUUCAGUAACGCGUUGAGCGUCCGAGAGUGAGGAGUGUUUCUUUCUCUCUCUCUCUCUUUCUCUCGUCGCUCUUAAUGCACUUGGCGCCAAAUUGGAACAAAACCACCCUGCGUGGCGGUGGUCCCCGCGUCGCGACGAAAACCUCUCGCCGAUCGUGUGCGCGUCGCGUCUGCUUCUCCCUCAAGGUGAGGUCGUCCAACUUCAGACUCUCGGCCGCGUAAUCGGUUUGUCACUCGGAUUCGCCGUCGUACGUACUCGUUUUACAAGUGUAUCCGAGAAAGAAAGAAAGAGAGGGAGAGAGAGAGAGAGAGGACAACACGUCGCCAUGGGCACCGCGUAUUGUGCCCCGCGGGUGUAAGUGUAGAACCGUGCGCGCGAAAUUCUCCGGGCGUGCAGAAAUCUCUCUCUCUCUCUCGCGGGGGCGAGGUAGGACGGAGGAAGGACGGAGGUCCGAUACCUUCUCGCGGCUUCUAUCUCUUCUUCUGGUCGGUCUCGCGAAGUGCGAAGCCGGGGAAAGAGAAGACGGAGGCAGACUGACGAUAAUGCGGAGCCGUUCGUGCCGUCUUCAACGACCACCGCACGACGUUGGGAUCUGCUCGUAAUCGAGCAGGGAGACGGACAGAGAUGACUCGCCGAGGAACGACCGUCUUCGCACUGGGAGUAUGCAUAGGAACCUUUCUGCUCCUCUUCGGCGACGCGCUCGCGGAGGUUACGGAACGGACGUCGAGCACGCCGUCGGGGAGACUUGAUUCCCAGGCGACGUCGACUCCCCGACGGGAAGCCACCCCGGUGGUCUCGACGAGAACCGUCUCGCCGAAUCAGUCAAUCAUCCGAGAAGAGGAGGAGGAACGAAAUGUCGAGCCGGCGACGAGCCGGGGAGUCCACGACGAGGAAGACGGAUCGCGGAACAAUGUUGGCGACGAAGGCGCCGGGCGUCGGGACGAGGAGAAGAGUGAUGCACCGUCGGUGUCAGGGAACGGGACGGACGACUCGGCGGCCGGGGAGAUCGAGAGCCUGUCGGAAGGCCGGAAGCCGAGGUAUGGGGAGAUCUCAACCGAAAGUUCCGGCAAGAGCGCGAAAGCCGAGAGAGCCGUCGGGCUCUCCAGGACAAACGAACUGACCGUAGCGACUACGAAGCCGGCGCUGAACGACUCGAAGCAGGACAAUAAGAGGAACUCGGCGAACGCCACGCUCGAAGAGUCCCCCGACGAAGGUGUACUCGGCGAGAGCGUGUCUCCGAAGGAAGAACUCGCCGGGGAGUCAACCGGUGGGAAGAACAUGGACGUGGAGGCGACGUCUGCCGACCGUACGCUUCCCGAAGAGACCUCCUUCGUUAACUCCGAGGACGGUAGGAGGAACUCAACGGCGAACGUGGGGGAGAUAACGACCGUCGCGUCUACCGGGGAGUCGCCGACGAGCGAGGAGGUCGCGAAAUCUGACGGGAAGAAGGACAGGAUGAACAAAUUGGAGCGCAAGGAGCUCGUCCCGAAGCCCGACGCGAACUUGGCCCGCCUGACGGAGGACGCGGAGGAGAGCCGCGACCGGGAGUCGACUACGGCGCGCGGGGCUCAGCGCGAGGACCGCGUCCCGAAAUCCGGGAAGGUCGUCACGGCAGCGUCCGAGGCGUUCGACCUGGAGAAGAUCGAUGAGAAGGGACACGAAGGAGCCGUUUCUCUGAUCAACGACACGUACGUGAACUACAAGACGGAGAGUGAGUCGGAUGGAUCGGGUCGCUCCUCCCGCGACCCGAAGAAGGAAGUGGAGAUCGUCGAGGACGUGAGUCAUCAGCCGGUAUUGAAGAUCGUAGCCAUCGAGAACGGUACUGCGGGGAACGAUUCUCACGCGAACGAACUUGCCGGCGAGCAGGGAGGAAUCGUUCAUGACAAGAGGGGAGGCCCGAGCGAAGACGAGGAUCGCGAGGAACGAAGGACGCUCCCUUCAGGCAGCAACGCGACCGCCUCCGAGGAAGGAGGCACGGGAGAGUGGAAAUCGGAGAGCAGCCAACUGAAGCCGCUGGAAACAACGAUUCCGAGCGUUAAGGCGACGGGACGGACCUCUCCCGAAGCGACGACCCCCAGUCCGAUUCCGCAGGGCCGAACCAUCGGCUUUCCCGACGUCAACGAGUUCCCGAGUGUCGAGGUGAAACCCACGGCGCCGGUUGCCCCGGAAACGCUCGGUCAGAAACCCUAUCCGUACGUGAAAUCCGGCGUGGAGUCGCCUCGGCCGACGACACCGGCCGGUCUGAGGUCGAGGAGCAGCAGCAACGGCGACCUGGUCGAGGAAACGUCGGCUUACGAGAACACGAUCGGCCGGGAGGAUUCGGGGAGGAAGUUCAUCGUCACCGAGCCGUCCGUCGUCAUCGAGAACAGCAUUCUGCAGCAGAAGCCGGACGACAAGGGUCGGAAGGAGUCCGCGAACUCCACUACGGAGAGCCCGUCCUUAGCGACGGCGACGGUGAUCCCGGGGACUCAGGAGGCGAUCGGCCCGACAAACGAGACCUUCCCGGCGAAGUCGUACAGCAGCGCGACGCCGAAGGAUGACGCGCCCCAGGCCGCGCAGGGGAAGGCGGCCGGAGACGAGGGCUACGACGUGACCGGGAAUGGCAUAACGGAAGUCGGCCUGCCAUCCGAGGCGAGCGGCCGAAGCGAGCCGUCGUCGUCGCGCUCCACGCCGACUACCACACCGGCCUCCCUCAACACGGACAUUCAGACGGACCCGGAGGAGGCCAUGAUGAUCCGCUCGACCCUCGACGUCACCGAGUCCACGAUAGUUCCCUUGGACACGGCGACUCCGGAAGCGAACAAAUCCACGAGCUCGAUGACGCCGGAGGGCGGUGAGGCGCCGCUCGAAAACACCACCGAGUCGAUGCCGACGGCGAACGCGACGCUGCAACCGAGCACCGAGUCACCACUACCCAGCACCCUGAACCCCGACGAGUCGCCGGUCCCGACGAGCACGUCCAUCGAGUUCGAGUUCAUCGGCCUCACCGAGGCUCCGAACGGCACGAACACCACCGAGAAGAGCACCGGGGGCCGCAUCUUCGAGGAGCAGACGGUGCCGUCGAGGAUCACCAUUCCGAUCCCGACGAUUCCGGACUCCUCCACGAGGAACAGCUCGGCGGAAGAGGAGACCACGAGGGCCGAGGACUCCACCGAGCUGUUGCCGACGACGAUGGACCAAGCAUCGAGCGCGAUGAACGAGAGCACCGAGGUGAAGGUGCCUCCCGCAGCCACUCGGUCCACCGUCGACGAGCCGAUCGGGAACGAGGUUACCACGAUCGAUUUCACCGACAGCCCGGUCACCGAGGACCCUCCGACGCCCAAGGACUCGCGUUUCGACGCGAACGUCACCGAGACAUCCGCCCCGACGGAUCCUCCGCCGGGCGUCACGACGCCAACGAACGCGACGAAGAGCCCUCCGGCUCCCUUCGCUCCCACUUUGGAACCGGAAGUUCCAACCUGGGCCGCUCCGAAUAGCACGGAGUCGGCCGAGGAAGAGGUGACGAAAAGUAUCCCGCCUCAGCCGCAGGACGAGGUCACGUCGCUCGUUAAGAUAGUCAUGGAGGGCAGCCUGCAGGACAUCUGCCCUCACCUGCCGGAGUUGAGGAGCGCGCUCGCCAGCGGCCUGACGGACGGCAUGGACAAGCUCGUCUCGUGGAAGCAGAUUUUCAUCCACCAGAACCCCUGCCUUGAGCCGCCGAGCUCGACGCCGACAUCUAUGGAUGUGGCCUCGAUCUUGGUUUACGUCGUCGACGAGGACGGCAAGUUCGACGCCGCUAUGACAAAGUUUCUGCCGAAUCUAGAGAAGGUGCUUCACGACUUCCCAGUGAGAAUACGCAAGUUCGUGUUGGUGCCGGAAGCGGAUUCCGGAAACGCAAUAGCCGUAGUCGUGGUCUCAUCCGUGGCCUUCAUUUGUCUCGUUCUUCUGGCGGGUCUUCUGUUUAUAAUGAGAAAGAGGCAGACGAGGUUCAACUACGGGGAACGUUGCCGACCAGUAUCCUUGGACGCCUACAGCCUCGACAGCGUUUCGGCAUACAGCAGCGUAAGGCGGAAAGUCGCGCCAAGAACCUCCAAGAGAAGCUAUGGCAAUCCAACUUUCGAAGAUUCGAGCGCCAUACCGUCCCACCCGCUGAACUUCGCCGGGCUUUCAUCUUUCUACAACGACGUUAACGUAAUCGACGAGGAGUUCUCGAAUAUACCCCAAGUUUCGGUGAAGAUAGACGAGCUGCCCCCGGGCACGGAAGUGAAGAAUAGGUACGCUAACGUGAUACCGCUCCCGGAGACGAGGGUGCCGUUGGAGAGGCUGAACAAUGACGCCACAAGCGAGUACAUCAACGCCAGUUACGUACGGGGACCGAAGAACGCAACGAAAUACUAUAUCGCUUGCCAAGCGCCAUUAGACUCGACCGUAACCGAUUUCUGGAGGAUGAUCUGGGAGCAGCAGUGCAAAGUGAUCAUCAUGCUGACCGAUCUGGUCGAGAACGGAGUCGAGAAGUGUACGGAGUACAUUCCACCGUCGGAAGUGACCGACUGUCACCGGCUCUACGGCGACUUCCAAGUCACCCUGAAAAAGCGAGAAACCAAAGAGAAAUACGCCAUCUCCACGCUGCAUUUGAAGAACCUGGAGAACAAUACGUUCCGAGAGGUGUUCCACAUUUGGUACCUAUGGCCGGUGAGUGGCGUCGAGUCGGACGGCGCCGGUCUAAUAGCGGUGCUCCUCGAGGCAAGAGCGCUGCAACGAGGAGGCCCUGGACCCAUCGUGGUCCAUUGCAGCUCGGGUACCGGACGCACCGGCACGCUAAUAGCCCUCGACUUAGGAAUUAGACAAUAUGAAAUUACGAGGACCGUGGACGUGCCGAGGGUCGUUUACACUAUCAGGAGAGACCGCGCUGGCGCAGUGCAAACGAAGGAGCAGUACGCUUUCAUAUACAAGGCACUAAAUCUGUACGCGACGAAACUCGCCGGCGGCGUGCUGGAAUCGACGUGAAGUAUUUACGAAGAGGACCUACGAAACGUGGACUCCGCGAGAAGCGACGAGGAAACCGGCUGUUUGGCUAACGGAUAACAGGCGAGUGUACACGAGGAACACACCGGGGGCUUCGCUCGGACACGGAAGACGAAGAGAGAAAGGAAGGUGGGCGAGUUUCUUCGGUUCAUCGCCAGCCGAUGGAUGGAGCGGACUCUGUGAAGAUGGCGAACGUCGCUCGAAGAGCCAAGAAAUCUCGUGCUCGGACGUCCUCGGGGGAAGAAGGAACGAAGACGCACGCGGCUGUAGGACGAUAUGGUGAUCGUGAAAUUGAUAUUGGGACAUAUAGUGGGUGUAUAUUUUGUUAGAAUAUAUACGUUUAACAGUGAACACGGCGCGCAUCACACCAGACGGGCGAACCUCAGCUCUGCGGAGAACCGUUGGAAGGACUGACUGUUACCACAAGUAUAUGAAAUUAAUUUGUGAUAUGUGUGGAGUCUAGGUUAUUUCUACCGGCUACAAGCGAGCGGUCGCAGCUUAAAUUCCUUAAUAUCGGCGCGAUAAUUCGUCUGAACGAUUACUCGACUUCGAUCGAUGUAUGUUUGUUUUAGGGAUACUCAGAGAAAAGAAAACACACCUUCCCCGAUCGGGAAAUUUCUCUGCCACCAUUGAUAUACUAGUCAAUGUGUGAAUACAGAGAUAUCCUUGUUACCUAUUUUACCGGCGCAUGACGAAUCUUUUAUUAUUUAUUCGAAUUUCUUUACAGAAUGAAAACCAACUCAAUCAGUUCUGUGACUUUUUAAUCGGUAUCACUUUUCUCAUAUUCUGAAUAAGAUCUUUCGCGAGCCUUUUAAGCAAUGACGCUGCCCUUUUGAGCAUCCCUAAAAUCACAUACAAUAAACGUUCAUAUACAUACAUACAUACGUAUAACAUAUAUGUUUAUAUAUACAACGUUUUAAUAUUUG